AUGUUAUCACCCAUAGCCAAUUACCCCCAAUAUCAUACUAAUACGCAGUCCUUGUCCUUUUUGGAUUCGCCUUCCAUUGACUGGAAGACUAUCGUCACUUCCCUUUUAAUUGGAAAAUACGCCUUCGAAACUUACAUUAACUACAGACAGUUUCAGGUUUACCAAAGAAAGGAACCUCCUGCGUCUAUUAAGGAGGAAGUCACCCAAGAAACAUUCGCCAAGUCUCAGGAAUACUCGCGUGCCAAAUCAAAGUUCUCGUUCUUUUCUGAUGCUCUCGAAUUAUUGAAAGACGUGGCUUCCAUCAAGUAUGACCUUUUACCUAAAUUGUGGGGAGUUGCCGGCUGCCUCAGCUCAAAAUUAUCCCAUGUUGGUGUCACUGGUCGUUUCUUCGGAACCUCCGUCAUGUCUCAGAGCGUGGUGUUUUUCGCCAUCUCCACCAUUCUCUCCACUUUGGAGUCCUUGCCAUUGUCUUACUACCUGACGUUUGUUUUGGAGGAGAAAUACGGAUUCAAUAAGUCUACGUUCAAGAUUUGGAUUACUGAUGCGAUCAAGCUGCUUGUUCUCUCUGUUGUAUUGGGUUCUCCCUUUGUUUAUGGCUUCUUGAAGAUUAUUGAACGUUACGGCCCUGCUUUCGUCUCAUACGCCUGCGUGCUCGUCUUGGGUGCUCAGUUGUUAUUCAUGACCAUCAUUCCAUCGUUGAUUCUCCCUCUCUUCUACAAGUUCACCCCUCUUGAGGAUGGUGAAUUGAAGACUGAGAUCGAGGCUCUUGCUGCCAAAAACGGAUUCCCGCUCUCACAAUUGUUCGUUAUUGACGGCUCUACGAGAAGCGCACAUUCUAAUGCCUUCUUUGUUGGUUUGCCAUGGAGCAAGAAGAUUGUUCUUUUUGACACAUUGAUCGAGCACAACACUACCGAGCAAACUGUGGCCGUUUUGGCCCAUGAGAUCGGCCACUGGAAGUUGAACCACUUGCCUCAGAUGUUGCUCACUAGUCAGAUUACUGUGGGAAUCACUUUUGCUCUUUUCUCUGCCUUCCUUGAGAACAAGUCCUUGUUCCAGUCCUUUGGCUUCAACACUUAUCCUGCAAUCAUCUCCUUCAUGUUGUUCAGUUACGUGAACACUCCGGUUAAUUGUUUGACUCAGUUCGCUACUAACCUUUUGUCCAGAAAGAACGAAUACCAGGCCGAUGAGUACGCCAAGGGUCAGGGCUACACGGAGGACUUGGCUGCCUCCUUGAUCAAGCUUUCCACGAAGAAUUUGAGCUCGUUGAAUACUGAUUGGUUAUUCUCUGCCUACAACCACUCCCACCCUAUCUUGGCCGACAGAUUGAGCGCCCUUGGUUAUGUUUCUAAGGAGAAACUUGGUGAUGUUAAGGUGGACAUUGAGAAGUCCAAUCAAUAA